CUAAGAGGAGGAGGAGGGCUUAUCGGCCGGGCGAUUUUGGUUAAAAUAUUCAAAAUGGCGGACGGAGGAGCAGCGAGUCAAGAUGAGAGUUCAGCGGCGGCGGCAGCAGCAGGGACGCAGAUGUAAAAAGGAGCAGGUUUGGUGUCACCAAAUCAUUUUCUAAGUCUAUCCAGCGUUUAUUUUUUACCGGAAGAGCCUGAAAUAAGUAGAACACUCUGGGAAGAGCAGUCGUCUUAAAACACCAUGAAAUUGCAUUCUUCUUCCAAGAUUCCAAACCAUGCCUGGCUGUCAGAUGCAAGAAUGAACAAUCCGUCAGAAACAAGUAAAUCAUCAGAGAGCGGGGAUGGAAACACAGGCACCCAAACGAAUGGCCUGGACUUUCAGAAACAAGCAAUGCCCAUUGGAGCCAUCACGUCGGCUCAAGCACAGGCUUUGCUCGGACACCUUCACCAGGUCCAACUCGCUGGCACAAGUUUACAGGCUGCUGCACAGUCCUUAAAUGUACAGACUAAAUUUAAAGAAGAGCCUGGGGAGCCGAUGCAAGUGGGCCAGCCUUCCCAGCAUCCCUCACUUCAGGCAGCCAUCCCCCAGACUCAGCUCAUGGUAGCUGGAGGACCAAUCACUGGGCUGACACUGACGCCGGCCCAACAGCAGCUGCUACUCCAGCAGGCCCAGGCCCAGUUACUUGCAGCCGCAGUGCAACAUUCUGCUAGCCAGCAACACAGCGCUGCCGGGGCUACAAUCUCAGCUUCUGCGGCCACUCCAAUGACACAGAUUCCCCUGUCUCAGCCAAUACAGAUUGCACAGGAUCUACAGCAGUUGCAGCAGUUUCAACAACAAAAUCUUAACUUGCAGCAAUUUGUGUUGGUGCAUCCAACCACCAACCUGCCGCCAGCGCAAUUCAUCAUCUCACAGACGCCGCAGGGGCAGCAAGGCCUCCUGCAGGCGCAGAAUCUCUUAACUCAACUACCUCAGCAAAGCCAAGCCAACCUCCUGCAGUCUCAGCCAAGCAUCACCCUCACCUCACAGCCAGCAACCCCCACGCGCACAAUAGCUGCGACCCCUGUACAGCAACUUCCACAGAGCCAGACGACACCAAAGCGAAUCGACACCCCAAGCCUGGAGGAGCCCAGCGACCUUGAGGAGCUUGAGCAGUUUGCCAAGACAUUUAAACAGAGACGCAUCAAACUCGGAUUCACUCAGGGUGAUGUGGGGCUUGCUAUGGGCAAACUCUAUGGAAAUGACUUCAGCCAAACUACUAUAUCCCGCUUCGAAGCCUUGAACCUUAGCUUUAAAAAUAUGUGCAAAUUAAAGCCUCUUCUGGAAAAGUGGCUCAAUGACGCCGUUUUAGAAAACAUAACUGACUCUACCCUGACCAACCAAAGUGUUCUGAACUCGCCAGGACACGGAAUGGAAGGGCUGAACCGCAGGAGGAAGAAACGCACCAGCAUAGAGACCAACAUACGAGUGGCCUUAGAGAAGAGUUUCCUGGAGAACCAAAAGCCUAACUCGGAGGAGAUCACCAUGAUUUCAGACCAGCUGAACAUGGAGAAAGAAGUGAUCCGUGUCUGGUUCUGCAACCGGCGCCAGAAAGAGAAAAGGAUAAACCCCCCGAGCAGUGGUGGAUCCAGCAGUUCUCCCAUUAAAUCACUGUUCUCCAGUCCACUGGUGGCCACUACCCCAAGCCUUGUGACCAGUAGUACAGCAGCCACACUCACUGUAAACCCAGUGCUCCCGCUUACAAGUGCUGCUGCUAUAACCGGAUUUUCUGUCCCAGGCACAACAGGAACUCCUUCGGCUAACACAGCAACUGUGAUCUCAACAGCGCCCCCCAUAUCCUCGGUCCUAAGUCCUUCCCCCUCAGCUACUGCGGCAACAUCCGAAGCAUCUACAGCAAGCGAGACGAAUACAACGCAAACCACAUCCACUCCAAUGACCUCUCCAUUAAGCACUGGCCAAGUCAUGGUGACUGCAUCUGGAAUCCACGCGGCUACGGCACUACAGGGUGCAGCACAGUUGCCGACCAAUGCAAGUCUUGCUGCCAUGGCUGCUGCAGCAGGACUGAACCCCGGGCUUAUGGCGCCCUCACAGUUUACCGCUGGAGGUGCCUUAUUUAGCCUCAAUCCAGGGGCACUGGGGAGCGCCCUUAGCCCUGCUCUCAUGAGUAACAGUACACUGGCGACAAUUCAAGCUCUUGCAUCUAGUGGAUCUCUUCCAAUAACAUCCCUGGAUGCUAGUGGGAACUUUGUCUUUGCCAACGCUGGAGGGACCCCUAACAUUGUGACUGCCCCCUUAUUCCUCAAUCCUCAGAAUCUCUCUCUGCUCACCAGCAAUCCUGUUAGUUUGGUCUCGGCUGGAGCUACUGGCCCCAUCACAAGCCUUCAUGCCACCACCUCAUCGAUCGAUUCCAUCCAAAACACACUAUUUACCAUGGCCUCUGCUAGCGGAGCUGCUUCCACCACCACAUCGGCCUCCAAGGCGCAAUGAGUUUUGGUGGGGGGCAGAGACAUGGCCGUGCAAACCAGACCAUGGUAGCAUUGUCGCUUACUGAUAGCGAACAACUACAAUAAAAAAAACAAUCGGAUUUGCCCGCCUAUCUUAGCGUUUCAAGUGAAGUAGAGUGGCGGGAAGGAAACAAAACACAUGAACAAAUAACGGAUGGACACUUUGCCUAAUUUUAUAAUAAACUUUCUCUUUUCAGGAUGGCAACUGAUUGGAGAGCUUUCUAACCAAAAAUGUAAAAAGAAAAAAAAAUAUAUAAAAAAAAAAAAAAACGAAAGGAAAAAAAAUAAAAAUUCAAAGGACUACUUCUCAUUUCCAGCAGUCACGUGGACACGCAAGGUUGGUUAUCGGAAAUCAGACAUAGGAAGGGGAAUACGAUUUGUGCGACUUAUUCUUUUUUUUUUUUUUUUUUUUCCCAUUAUUAUGGUUUUUGUACGGGUCUGUUGUACAGACCUUUUUAUGUCAUUGCAAGGUGUUUCUUAUCAUAUCAAAUGUUGGGGGUUCCUUGGUAACUGGUACAACUUAAGGCAGGCCUGUUAUUACUGGUUUCUUUUCUGUCCUUACUCCCUAUUCCCCGGUGAAUCGGUUUCCCUCCUGCAGGUUUAGACAUCACGGUGCGGAGCUAAACUUGUGGCCCAGGCUGGCGGAACCACCCAAUUGAUCUCUGCCUUUUACUAAGGUUCUGGGAGUUGUGUCUCUUUAGCUUUAAAUUAUUUCUAGCACCUUACACUGAAGGUUGAGCCAAGAGACUGCACAGCACAGAUUCCGCAUAUCCACUGGCAAGGCAAGGUGGCAAAUAUAUCUCUACUUGUGUACGGGCGAUUAAUGGGCGCAUUGACAUCAACCUGUACUUGAGCAGAGGAAUCUCCUUUACUGUUAUUGGUCAGUUGUAGGACUGGGUGCCCCAUGUUGCAAAUGAUGUGUGCAAAGGUAUCCAGUGAAAACAAGAUCUUGAGUCGAGGUAAUCUUGAGUAACUGAUUAGAGAUAGGCCAACGUCUACCAUCUUGCAGAUCAGAUACAUCUCUCCGCAUCCCCCAAAAGCAUCUGGUUACCAGUGUGUGCUGGGAGUUCUAGUUACGCUUCUGCAGACUGGACUCUAACUUACUGAAAUGUAAGUGUUUCGAAGGUGCUCGUCGAUACCCAAGUUAUCUGUAUGUCAAUUCUGUCUCCAGAGUUUUUGGAAUUCCAUAACUGGACGCCCAUGAAGUUAGCCAACAUUUAGUCCGUGUUUGACCCUUGUUCAGUUAUAUCAGAGGAUCAAAAUCACCAAAAACCAUGAAUCAGGAUGGAUGAAGACCCACCAUGAUUAACCAGUGGGUCAAUGGUUGAGUUGAAGGCCACACUUGUUCUGCUGUGAUGGAUUUUCCCAUUAACCAGUUUUAAUUUCCAUCAUGAGAUCCAUGUGUGAACUCACCAAGUCAAAGGCAGUACUUGACCAGGAAGUCCUUUAUACUAAAAUGUUGGGAUGUUUUUGUGACCCUUAACCAAUAUUGUUCUCUAAACGCCGAAGCGAUGGGCAAGAACCAGCUCCUUUGCACACAUCAUACUACAACUUUGUGUUUCAACUUUGAUUUGUUAAAAAAAAAAGCAAUGAUUUUGAAAGUUGGUCGAAACGGCAAUAAAUUUGCAACCGGGGGAAACCAGACCCAGCGCUUGCCAUGUCUCAAUGCUAAACAUUUGUGAGCUCAUACAAAGAAAUGGAAAGUGGUCUGCAACAUUUCUCCUAAUACAUCUUCUAUACGAAACCAAAAAAACCUAGAGAUUGGUAAAAAGAAUCCCCAGACUGAAUCACUGCAAUGCAGUUUACUUUGAUCUCCAGUGGGGAACGUUUCUGCCGGCUAAACGGAGGCCGAGUUUUUUUUUGGGGGGUAUUGUUUUAUUUUGGUUUUUUUUAAUGUUUAUCCAAGGAAGGGGGACACUCCCUCUGGACAAAGGAAAUCUCGGCUGGAUUACCAGUGCACUGAAUUGGGUUCUCUAAAACACAUGGCAGAAACUUCUCUUCGUUCAUGGACUUUUAAACCCAGAGUUUCACUCCGUUUCUACAACGUUGUCUGCCGCCUCUAUCCCUACUUAUCCUAGUGAACUGCAACCAGUAACAUUUACCCGUCUCGGUCACCUUGUACAUGAAUGUUUUUGUUUUUUUAAAUUCUUUUGUCCUUGAGAUAUAUAUAUCUAUAUGAACCCUCCUGUGCUGCUGGUGUAGAACCAGUGGAUGGUCGUCAUGCUGGUCGUCCACCAGCACAGAGGAAGGUUAACCAAGCUUGAACCAAAGUCAAUUUCUAGCAAGCUGCUGUACUAAUGGACUAAUUUGUAUUAAGUGCAGUUCAGGCGCAGUGAGUGACUAAAUAGAUGCUACUGACAAUUUCUUUAUUAUAAUUUUUUUUAAUUUGGUGGGGGUAUUAAUGUUUUAUGUAAAACUUGCUGCUUGAUUUACUUGUUUUUUUUUUUUCCUUUAACGUGUUACUUUUUGGGGCAAACUCUAACUUGAUUGGAGGGGGUUCCCUUUGUGUUAAUACAAUGGUAUUGGAGUCAGUUCAUUUCUGAGAUCAGCCAACAUCAUUCUUUUUGCUUCCCCUUCUAACAAAUUCAUAGGAAUAUACACCCCCCUGUUUCAUAUCUUGAUCAGCUGUAAGGAUUCCCCUGGGAAAACAGUGUGGAUUAAACAUGGGUCACCGGGCCCCCUCCAGAUUUUGGGCUUUCCAGCUGCGUGGUGCACUUCACUGAUGAGAAUAAUGUAAUUGUUGAUGGUUUGUUAGAUUAAAGUUGAGUAGGCCGUUGUAAAUGGUUGCAGAUUCCGAGAUCCUGCCCUAAAACCUAGUACUAAUUUGGAAUCUCUUAUUCUAGAUUGGAAUUUUCCUCUUUUAUCUCCACAUAAAAUUGGACAUGAUUUGAGGAAAACAAUUUCAGAUUUGGAUUUCUUGUAUAAACCGUCUGGAAGGGUAUUUUUUGUGGAGCGGUGCAUAUGUUUAGAGAGAUCUUGGCAAAGGAGAAGAUCUAGAGACAGGUCUGUGCUUGUUACCUUGGGUUACUGUAUAUAGAGUUAGAGAAGGUCUCCGUUUAGUUGCUAACACUAAAUUCCACAAGCAGAGAGAUACGUCCAGGAAGGAAUCUUCCCAUAGUAAAAGUAACCUCCCUUUAAAUACGCCAAAGGCCCACUGGAAAUUUUCAUUUUGGUUGUAGUAUAGUCUAGGUUUGAUCCUAAUUAUAUAAAUUGGAACUCAUGGCAUAGAUAAUAAGGGCAAGUUCUUUCAUCUGGUCAUCUGUAUCAGUCCCAAGUCAGAACAUUGUUGGAGCUUGAAUAAGUCAAGGCUAGUAAUAAGGAGUCCAUGAUGUUGCUGGUAUCACGUUGUUUAGGUUUGGCUGAACAUGCAUGGUGGUUGGUGGUGCCACAAUGUUUUGGUUUGGCUGAACAUAAAUGGUGGUUGGUGGUACCACAGUGUCUUGGUUUGGCUGAACAUAAAUGGUGGUUGGUGGUACCACAGUGUCUUGGUUUGGCUGAGCAUACAUAGCAACAUUUUUCUAUAGGAACAGCCAAUAUAAUAAGGACAGUUGGCUAUAAAUAAAGUUAAGUUUCACACAACUUUAAUAGCUUUAAUUCCUUUCCCCUACAUUUCCAACAACUUAUAUAGAUCAGGUAUAAUGUGUUGAAAAGUGUUUUAGCAAAGAAGAAAAAAAGUUUUUGUUUUUUCCCAAACUUUCAGUACUUUUUUACAGUGUCAGUCCAAUAAAUUUCAGCAUUGACCAAAGAGACAUGCAUUUUUAUCAAAGGGAGACAACAUAAUACCCAGCCAAAUAAUUUGAAGGGCUAUGGUGCACAUGUUGUAUUCUCUAUGUGCCUUUGCAGAUGGAGGUGAAGCACCCAAACCCGCCAUGUGGCCUGCCAUUGGCUCUAAUGGAAAUCUUCUAUAUUAUGUUGUUUCAUCAAAUGGCAGGCAAUGUGGUUCGGUUUGACCUCACUUCUAUGGCGGAAAAGUCCACAUGGAGAAUCUGCUACAUGUGUCUUCAUAAUCCCUAGUACAUUUGGUUUUGAAGUGAUUUAUAGAGACUUGUGAGUGCUAAACAUGCCCAUACAAGUAUCAAUGUUGCGAUUGCACCAACUAAUUAUAUCUACCUAACCCUUCCUGGGAAAAAAUUUAAAUCUUUUAGAAGAUUCAUGUCCACGAUAAACCAGAUCUCUUGUAGUGGAAGGAGAGAAAAUCGGGUCUUUGACCUGUUUGGAUAAUUGGUGCAUUGCAAGUUUGCUGGGCCCCCGACAUAAAGGAUGUUUCAAUAAGAAUGAACCUGGAAUUUUACACAUCGAACAAGGUGUGGGGUUUUUUUUUAAUCUUAUUUUUUAAAACUUAAUUUAUAUAAUUUCUCCCAUUACUUCAUUGUCCCGAUACUAAUUUUAUUUUAAUUCCAAAGAGCUUUUACAUAAUCCCUUCCCUGGCAUAGAAGUACUCACAACAAUAAUCUACUGUAUUUGCAGACUUGUUCCUUCUCCGCUCGUUUCUGGCAGCUGCAUAACGUGGUCCAGGUGACUUUCUGGUCACCUUGUUAAAUACCUCGGCUUCCUUUGUCUUGUUUUAAGUUCCCUUUGAAACGCUGUGGACACAAUUUGCGUGUAGAAGUACAAAAGUGUUUGGUUUUGAUGACAUGGUUUCUGCUUUUGUUUUCUCUUUUCUCCUUGUUUGUAAAUUAGCAUUUUAGGGAUUGGAAGGGAAAAAGAAGCAGAGGGUAGAUUUUGUUUCUAGGAAAUUCUUGCCAAAGUUCAUGUGUUGCUUAUACAGGUUCAGUGCCCUUUAAGUCCCUUGAGUUUGAUAACAUAUAUAUAUAUCAGGGGCUAAUAAGCAGAACAAAGACCCCUUUCUACUUUUGAUGACAUGCCGAUAAAUCUAAAUGUCGGUGUUUAUGGUGGAAUAAUUCUUAUUGAUGAAGCCUGUACAUAGUUAAACUGGGAAGCAGAUUCCUUGCGUUUAUCCCCUGUUGUGCUGUUUUAGGAUGUAGCUUUCAUAGACUAAUUUAGGAUUAUGAGCCUUCAAGGAAGAAGUCGUUUUGCUACUAUGCCUGUCUAGACCAAAAAAUGUCCGUAAAACCAAACCCCAAAGGGAAGUUGCACCCGUGCUUUCUCCUGCCAAGAAUCCAAAUACUAUGAUAAGUCGCUUUCCCACCCAACUUCUGACUCUUGGACUUCUGCUUCUCUAGAGGUUGUUUUUUGAAGAUUGCAUGAGCAAGGAAAGGUCUUGAUUUCCUCUCUAGAUCAAUGAUGUGCACACACGGCCAGUUAUAUCCCUCAAAGUAUCGGAAGAAAAACUGUUGUGCACAGAUAGAAGUUUUUAAAAUUCAUAAGACUUGCAAAUAGACCACAUGGGGGUAAAAUAUUAAUUGAAACUCCUUUUAUAUAUGACAAAAAUACCACUGGUUGGUGUUCUGAGUAGUUUCAAAUGGUUUCCGGCCUUUGAAGGCUGCUUUAAUACACUGAAAAAAAAAUGUCUCCGCAGCGAAAGGGAGUUAUUCUGUAACUUCAAUGUGUCUGUCCUUCAGGAAAUGCAUUUCCAAAGAUAUAUAAUUCUUGUUUGUAUCAAUGCUGUUUUUGUUUGUUGUUCUACUGUAAACGUGCUGUAUGUAGCUCUUGAAAAGUAGAAAUGCUUAAGACCAAAUUUUUAACGUAGGGCUACCUUGACAGGGAAUCGCGUUCAUCUGCUGCAUAAUCAAAGUCGUACUUGGAGAAAGUGAAUCAUAAUUGCCUCCAACAGCCUUUACGCUCAGUCGAAGUGAAAACGAUGGAUGGUGCGACCUGCCUGAAAAAAAACCAGUAGGGUCUGAGUAACAUCGUGCGAAGAGAACUCUAAAGAGAUCUAGUCUUGGUUGUGUCGGCAAAGGAAUGUAAUUUUCCCUUGUUUUUUGUUUUUUUUUCCUCUCAAAAGCUUUAUGAGCACGUUUGUUAGCAGACGUGGUAUUAAAUCAUAUGUGGUCAUGAGUGGAAUAGCUUUGUAAGCAUCAGAAGGAAGGGAUUGAUUACAUCUCCAAGUAGUGUGUCUCUAAUAAAGCUUAAAUCAGAAGAAGGAAAAGGAAAAUUCCCGUUAAAGACUCGUUUCCAAGGCCUUCAUAGUCUUGACUUCAGAAUUGUCAUCUACAAUCUGUGGCUUCCCAGAUGUUUGGAGAGAUCUGUCCUCCAACAGUUGAUUGUGGAAAUUUGAAACUGGCCACAGGUUAUAACAAAGCAAUAUAGAAAUUAUUUGACUUUCUUCAUUUAAAUUUUUGCCCCAACUAUUACCUGAAAGUGUAAAAAUUAAAUCUGCAUUUCAUGUCCUUUGCAUAUAAAAGGGAGUAGUACCAAUGGCCUUCAGUAAUCCGCCAACCUGUUCCAAUAUGCGAUCCUAACACACUGAUGCUGUAGAAUUUCUCUUUCCUUCUUUUCAUUGCAAAGCCUAGGUGAAUAGAUGUGGGGUCUUAACCCUCUGCAGGUAAAGGAGCUGUUGUAUACCUCAUUUUAAAACUCGUAACUGAGUAACUUGCUUUAACUUUCUCUAUAACCACACAGAGUUGCCAAUUCUGCCCCAGGUACUUUUUGGCUAGUGGCAUGACGUGACCGGUGACAUGGGUUUCACUCCAUAAGUUUAUUCCAAAGCUUUAUAGAUGUUGCAUAUGUUGUGGCUUAUACGUAUAGACUUCAGCUGGUCCGAGCUGUGGGGGGGGGGGGUCAAUACUUGCUACGCACCAUUUGGUAUGAAGAUGAGUAAAGAUCUUUGUUUUUAUGUGAGUAGUACUAACACUUCGGCUCCUUAUUCUUAACCAAAGUAUUUCCUUAACAACUGAGGAGCUGGCUUGAUUCCUUCUCUCCUACCCCGUUUAGUCAAACGGUAUGGAAAAUGCAAGGGUUUUUAUUUGACAAUCUUAUAACAGCUGGCAGCUCGGAGUCAACGUGUCGCCCAACUUCUCUCUUCUCUGAAUGUAGCGGUCCCUUAUCCCUUGCCCAUGUUCUCACUUUGCCGAGUCACCGUGCUGCUGCUAAAAGCUGGGGUCGGUUUCUUUGUCUUGUUUUGUUACUUUUUAAUACAAUUUCCAGCCAAAACCAAAGAUUUCUCUACGAUUGUAGAACUCAAAACAAACAAAAAAACCAAAAACUUUUUAGGAGAGAGAGAGAGGAGAUCUUCGGUCCCGGGCAAAUCUGUCUCAAGUGCAGAAGAGAAAAAUGAGGAUCUAGUACAAGGAUUGUCCACUUGUGGCUCCCCAGCAGUUGCUAAUUUAUUCAUCCUGGUAUUUCUUGACGAGCAAUGUCUAGGAAUACCAGAAUUUCAUAUCUGCGCUAGCGGGAGGAGCACACGUAGUUGACAGAAAUGCACUGGGAUGCCUGGUCUUCUUAAGUAGUAUAUUUGUUCCAGACGUGGGGCUUUUCCAACACGUUUCCCUUUAGGGGAAAGAAAAGGCCGUGCAAGUUGGACAUAACGACUGUUGGGGUGGCUUUUUCAUUUGCGGUCUCCACAGAAUGCCCUGUGCGCUGAAGAUGUGGUGCAUUGGUGGCUGCUCUCAUGGGGGUUCUUCAGACCUGACAAUGUUGGACAAGCCUUUUUGGGGAGAAGUGCAAAAAAAAUAUAUACAUAGAAAUUGCUAAAAGCCAAAAAUAGGAGCGAGACUCCACCAUCAGCUUUAAGGUCCAAAAGCAGACCAUGGGUCUUAAGACAAGCCACCCCUGCUUUAAAUGCGUCGUCAAUGCAUUGAAGGCUUGUCCACUCUGCCAGGUGUAACCCUCUUGGGGCUGGGUGAUGAUUAAUACACUCCGAGGUGCACUUCCUUCGUUUUGUUUUAAUUCUCAUUCUGUGAUUAGAAUUGCUUUCUACAGACAUAAUGGAUUAAGCCGUCCUGUUGGGAAAUAGAACAGGAAAACAAAUAUAUAUAUAUGUGUGAGUGCAUAUGUGUAUAUAUAGAUUAUCACUGCUUUUCCUUUUCGCAUUUCGAGUUCUUGGCACCACGUGCAACUAUGCAUCGCAUUUUCUCCACUCGCGUUGUGCUAGGCUAGCUACAAGCCUGUGACUUUUUAAAACUUUUUGUGGGGAAGGGGGAUUGCAAAUGAAGGAACUUUUUACAUGGAAGUUUUUAUCCUCAGUUGAUUUACGGGGUGUUUGGUUGUAGGGUCAUACAAGCUCUAUCCCAAAGCAAAAUCCAAAUAUUUAAUAUUAGCCUGAUGCAAAAUACCAAAGAGAAUUUCUUUCCUGCAGAACCUUAGACUUGUGUAUUAAGUACUAUUACCCAGCACUUGCAUUAGUCUAACCUCAGUAAUUCCAAAGCUUAGAUGUAUAUUUUGGUAUAUUUCUGGGAUAUUAAAAAAAAAAUUGUUGUUGAAAUUCAUGUUUGUUUCAGUGUAAUGCUCUUAAAGUCAUAGCAUGGAGAUUAACUGACCUGUCUUACUCUUGGUAGUUUGAAAUAAUAGUAUUUUUGUAUGUUUUGGGUGUGUCUGUGUAUGUAUUAACAUAACGGUUUUCACUGCCUAGAUGUUCAUAUUAAAAAAAAAAAAAAAUUGAGAAAAAAAAGUUCUAAAACGUGUACAUAAUAUUCAAAAGCAAGAACGUCAUCCGAAUAUCCGCUUCCGGUCACUUUGCAGAAUCCAUUGUAGGCUCUUGGGUUUUUAAAGCAACAGGAACCGGUGUUUUCCAAGCGUAAAGAAAAUCUUCCAAUGAAAAUAAAUAAAUACAUCUCUAUAAUGGGGGGAAAUAACAGAAAUAUAACAGGCAGCUUCCAGUAAUAAUUUGCAUUAUAUUCUUAUGUUCCCUGAAAUAAGUUUAAACAAAUAAACAUUACGAAGCAUAGAGAUUCUAUUAAUAUAAUUACAAUAAAAUCAUUUGUUUUUUCUCGGUUUUUUUUCCCGUUUUGGAGUACUUCUGCUAAAUAGGGAAAAUAUCUGAAAUAGGCAGCUUAAAGUAAUAUUUUGCAGUAUAUUUUAAUGUAACACAGCUUGUUGGUCAACUUUUUUUAUUUCACUAAAUAGAGAAAAGAGGCAGCUUUAAAUAAUUGUUUGCUUUAUUUUUUAACUGUUUUUGAAAAGAAAAAUCUCUUUUUUUUUCUGAGCCAAUAUAUUUUGUUUUCCUCCUUUAAAUUUUUACCCUUGGAAGAACCAGUCAACUGUUGCUUUAAAAGCUACCCGUCAUUGGUCACCUCUCCGUGGCCGUGAACUUGGAACGAAUAUGUAGACUACAGUGAAUCAGGAGAAAUGGUAGAUUUUGUGUAGAUGCAUUUGUCUGCUGUAAUUUUUUUAUAUAUUAAACUUACUGUAACUGUACAGUUCAUUUCUGUUGUAAACAUCAUUAAACCAUUUUUCAAGUGUUUUAA